CAGGAGACCUUUCAUGAAGAUCGAAAAUGGAGGCGCUGCUGCUUCAGGACGGCGCGUAUGUGAACGAUCGGUAUGAGGAACUGCAGGGACAACGGCGGCAAUUGGACCAGAUUGGGCCGGUUAAACCAAUAGGCGACGUUGCCGGUUGUAGUUCCACGUCUGAGCUCUCGUACGAGGAGCGUCAGCAGCUGGAGCAUUGGCGGAUUGUGCAGCGAGCGAAGGCGCUGGAUGCCAAGGGACCAACACCGCAACUGAACAAGAAAUUUUUAGUGCUUCAGAACAUCCUAGAGAAGUUGUAUGCAGAAAAGGAGGCAGAUCUGUACAUCACUUCACCUCCAAAUGGGGCUCUGAAGCGACCAGAUCCUACGGAUACCAACACUCCCGUGCCGUUUAAAGAAUUACCCCUUCCAACGCAAGUCGUGCUCAAAAUGUUCUUCCGGACGUGCCAAUCGCUACGGGAUCCGACGAAACUCGCGGCAUAUAGUCGUCUUUCGGUGCAGAUAGCCGCUAAACUGCCGGGUAUCUUGACGACGAUGCCGUCGUGUGUCUUGUCACCGGGAUUGGCGGAUGACGUUCCGGUGGACUUGGAGGAUAGGGGGAACAUUUGGAGUGUAUUUUACCAAUUGUUUCAACUGUUUGAAGAGUUAUUGGAAUUGAAAAAUGAUAGUGUGGGUGGUGAAAGGGUUUGUCUAUCUGCUAGUGAUCGCGCUACUGUAAUCGUGGCGUAUGUGGCGUUAUGUUUGAAGUGGGGGAGACUGAGCUACUUGCUGAAGGGGAUUAAGCUACUAUUGGAGAAUGAUGCUGAACUUAGUGGAGUACGCUUAGAACCCCUUCAACCUCUAUUCCAUGAGCUAGCAUCUGCUUCUGCUGAGCGACCUCAGGUUGCAAAUGGUGAAGAGGAUCAGCCUUCCGGAUAUCUCAUGAGUUUCGGUAAGGGCGACCACGGAAAGCUGGGUCAUGGCCAGUGUGUGCACGUUAGUUGUCAGGAAGGAAACUGCACUGAAAACAAAACCGUUCCAACUAUGAUUGCGGCAACCAGAGACGUAUUAUUUCGCAAGAUAGACUCACUUUCAACCCACAGUAUCGCUAUUACUGCAAAGGGCGACGCGAUGUCCUGGGGUAAUGGUGACAAAUACCGACUUGGUCACGGAUCCUCAACGAAAGAAUACGCGCCCCGAACGAUUGAGUUUUUGAGGCUAAAAGGACGAGUACGUGACCUCGCCUGUGGUCUUGGACAUACGCUAGCGUUGAUGGAAUCGGGAGAGCUCUUUGCUUGGGGGAAUGGCUCUAAUGGACGCUUGGGGCUUGGCGAUUCCAAUGAUCGCUCUAGCCCUGCGAGAGUUACUAUCCCUACUGCUUCACAAGGCAAUGCGGUGGAAGGAGAACCUGAAUCAAGUUUUACUAGCGCGCCUAUACGAUUUCGGCACAUUUAUUGUGGUGCAUCACACUCACUAGGUCUGUCUUGGGACGGACGAGCGUAUGCGUGGGGGAAGAAUAAUCAGGGUCAAUGUGGUCAUGGCCACACGAACGAUCAAUGGACCAUCCAAGAGAUUGAAAACUUCGAAGAUGGAGGAGAAGAAGAAAGCGUGGCUUACGCUGCCGGUGGUUGGGAACACACCCUGUUUUGCACAGCUUCUGGCCGCGUCUAUUCUUGCGGCUGUGGAUAUAAGGAUAGUCGUCGUGCUGGUAUCCCUCCUGUCCUUGGACACGGUGACUGUGAUCGUAGACUCAGACCUACUCUGAUACAAACUUUAGAUGACGCUCGAGAGGAAAUCGUCAAAGUUGCUUGUGGGUGGGAUCAUUCACUUGCGGUAUCGGCAAGUGGUAAAGUGUAUACGUGGGGGUCUGGCACAAAUGGCAAACUUGGGCACGGUGAUGAAGAAAGCUUCGAUAUCCCCACACUUGUGCGCAGUAUGGAGAGUAAGCACGUCAAAGACGCGAAAGCUGGAUGCGAACACACUGUUUUCUUGACUUAUGACCAAGAAUUGUGGACUUGUGGACAGGGUGAUAGUGGUCGACUGGGUCAUGGAGAUAGUCAAACCCGGAAACGCCCUACGAAGAUUGAACUGUUUGGUGAAUGUGGACUAAAACCAGUAGCCUUAGCAGUUGGGGACAAGUACAACUUAGUUCUGGUCCGGGAUAGUGACGCACAAUAUGAAUGUGAAGAUGACAACGAGCCAGCCUCUAUCCCUAAAACACAACAACGAGGGUCAAACGAAGUACCAAACCAUGGAAUCAGGUUGCAACAUGGUCGGCAUCGAACAGGUCAACACAAGAAACAUAACGCUAAUUCCGGGAAUGAGUUCGGGGCUAAUUGGGUCUUGAGCGUUGCUGAAGGUAUGACUCCAAAAGAAAUCUCUCCAACUACCCCGUUAAAUGCUCCUGAUUCAGUCAGUAACGCAGCUUUGUUCAUAGCUGGACAUGUUGAUCGCCUUGCUUCAGAUUAUAUAUCAGAGGAAUCUGAAACUCUUGUGGAAAAGAGUAAUGAGCAAAAGGUGAUGGAGACAAACGUAAAAGCUCCAAGAUCGACCUUGAUCCCGUUUGCCGUCGACACCAGCUAUGAGUCUCUGAAUGCACUACUCGAUCUUCUCCAAUGGGCUACAUCUCUGGUGGGAUCGAAGGAAAAGGCUGCGGGAUCAGGAAGCACUUGUUUGAGAACCCUAGAACGAAUGGGUCUUGCUCUUUCCUGCUUGAGAAUUCUGCAAUUGAACCUCAAAAAGUCACUGAACGUGCUCCGCUUAUCUGCUGAUAAUGUCAGAGAGCAUUUCUCCUUAUCGAAGGAUUUGUUUGGCCGAGUUCACGCGCUGCUGGACAGUCUAGCUGGUCUGAAAAAGGAGGACUGUGUCGAGCGUUUCGAUAUCGGAGCUCAUAGAUCGAGUGACGGUCAGAAAUUAUCCGCUAUUGGGAGUGCUAUCAGUCACGAGGCUGCUUGCGCGUUGAAGAUGGGGUUCGGUAUGUUUUAUCCGACAGCAGCCUCUCGCUGUAAAUUAUUGUGGGAGAUCCUGGACGAUUGCAAGAUUGAUCCAGUUUCUAUGAGAACGAUCAUCCUCUCGGGCCAGCUAUGUAAGGAUACAAUAAUGACGGAGAUAUUCAGAUGCUUGCCGACUCACGGACUAUUGCGAAAUGUGCUACAUGAUGAUCACAAAGGCGUCCCCGACAAGGAUAUGCUCGACAUCAAAACACUGAUGAUAUUGCUGCUAAGACGGAGCAGUGCAGAAGCGAUCAAGCAUCUCGACAAUGAGUCGUUUACCGACUUUACGAACGAGCCCGAUUGCUUUUUGCGGCUGCUUCAUGUGCUGCAGAUACACUAUUUCAGUAUUGUUCAUCGAUCUGCGGUAACUAAAACGGAUAUCUCAAAUGAUCCAGGACUAAUUCAAAGCAACACCAACCGGCAGAUGCUGGACUCUCUUCUCGAAUAUAUGGAUGCACUGAUGGCCGAGUCGCUGACAGUGCUGAAAAGGCUUCACAUAUCAAGUCGCCAGCAUGAAGAAAUUAUCACGUGGCGUUUGAACGGAAGCUUCUUCCACACAUUGCUGCCCAGUGCUAUCGAGUGUUUAUCCAUACUUGUACUACCUACACCGAAUCGGGAAUAUACAUCUAAUGCGAAAACUGUUGACAAUCUGGUGCUGGUGGAGCGCAUUCUACCGAAUCUUCACGUUAUGCUCAAAAUGUUGGAUGAAGUAAGCUGGAAAAUGCACACUGCCACCGAUGCGGGUAACCAAGCGCACGAUGAUACCACUACACCCACACGCCAGCUAGGAUUUACUGUUCAGAAUCGCAACUGGUUCGUUGACCUUGGAGAUGCAUGUGCGACACUUUGUGGAAAAUUGAGUUGCGAGCUAUUUUAUCCAUGGAGGACAGUCAACAUGGGGUCAGAUGAUACCGAAGUCGGUAAUUACUACUCGCAUGUCUUGUCGGAAGGCCAGCUUCUCCGAGAAAACCAAGACGUUCUACCCACAAUCAGGGCAAAUGAGUCAAGUUCGAUUCGCAAUAUUUUGGACUGGGAACGUUUGGGUGUUUUUGAAGUGGAAGACGAACUUGUUGGUGGUAAGGAAGACUCCACUGCGACUGGUUCGGUAGUAUCGAGCGCUUUGGAGUCUCAACGCUUUCUACUACAGCUGUGUGAUACAGACUUUUCAAGCAACAGAUUAUCGUUCUGGAAUUGGGUAGCUGGGAAGCUUUCGCAGGUCGUGGAAUUUAAAAGCGAAGCGCAGAAAGUUUUGCUACUCGUUCUGAGUAUAUCGUCGUGGCAUUUAGGUCUGAGCUCAGAGCUUCGAUCUGUUUACGAAAUGUACGACGCUGCAGCUCAAAAUUCUGUGGCAAUUGACCCCGUAGUACCGACGGGUAAAAUUUGGGAAAUGCUAUCUGUUCUUAUUAGUGGGACUAAGUGGGAGUCAUGGGUUUAUAAUGCGCUUGACUCGGAGGCUGUAGGAAAUGCUAUCAAAUUAUCUCGAUUAUUACUGAGCUUGCAGCCUAAUCCAGCGCUGACACCACGCAUCCUCCGAUGUGAAGCGGGAGUCGAACAUCCAGACCUUUCGGAAUGUAUUGAUGACUCUCUUGUAGAGAUGCUGGAAUUUCUUACCACUAUACACGACGUGGACACUAUUCAACACUCGCUUGAGAUGAAGGAAGAAGAAGCAGCUCUAUUACGAACGGGGAUAUGCGUACUGCAUGAUCUCCUUAGGAAGCUGACUACUUCCUCUACAAAAAGCUGCUUGCUGGAUGAAUUUGUCGCUGUUACAUGCGGUACCAACCGUGCGAAUUUAAUAAAAAGGAUAAUUCUGAUAGGUCAGCAUGGCAAACAUAUCGACAAAGCUAUCGAAAAUCUCUUUGUUCGACUAGCACGUGUAGUGUCUAAUGAGGAGGCGUCAUUCGAACUGAAGAAGAUGGCAUUAAUGGCAUGGACAGUGCCGCUAAGUGAUUCCAAACGAGGUGUUCCCAGAGUGGUUGAUUUGAUAGCAAAUUCUGGGAUCAUGAGCACACUGGUUGAGUUACUACUUGAUGAGGCAAACGUGCUGGAUGUUCACAGUGAUAUCAAUGCUAACACACAUCUGAGGGCGACUGACAAUCACAAUGACAAGCGGUUCGGAAGUGCCCAAGACGAAUCCAAACUAUCAACGAAGAUGUCCCCUAUCAAGGCUCUUUUGUUCGACCAAACGCCAGCCCAGAUCAUCAGUAUCUUGGCGUGGGAGGCAUUCUGCGCCAUUGCUAUGCAGCUUAGCAAAUCAGAACAUUUCGCUGAGCAUCGGUCGAGUCUACUGUUACGCUCAGCGGGAUCCAGCUUACAUGACAAAGAACCAUUAACUCCUCGAAGUUCAGUCAUGUCCCCGCGUAGACGCUUGACGUUGCCAAAGAAGGUGAUCAUAUCAAGUAUUGAUGAGAUCAUUGAGCAAAUGGCUGACGGACUGUUUUCAAUGCUGGAAGGGCUCAAAAACCGCUUAGAUACCCUGGAUAUAUCGUCACAAGAUUAUGGUGCGUUAAUAAAGCAGAUGGAGAAAGGCAGUGGAAGUACAGAGAAGCAUGACUACUCUCGAGUCUGUCAGUUUGGGAGCCCAGUUCAAUUGUCUCACUCGAACUCGUACGAUAUCUCAAUACCCAAGGUCAAUACCAAAGCGUCUGAAGGUACUACAAGUGUUACAGUGUCGUUUUGGCUUCACGUUGAGCAUACGGGCGCAACAAUUUCCAAUAACGAAGUCUCUGCGCCAUCUUCACCUUCAGGUUCGAAGGUCACCUCGGUACGGCUGAUUACAUUUAGUACGAGCCAAGCUACGAGUGAAUCAACCGAUACCGACAGAGAUGGUUCGUUGGUUGUGUUUAUUCGUGAUAUGAAUCCCGAUCACGUGUGUAUUAGACUCUCGUUGAAAUGUGAGGAGGAUACGAACGAACGGUGGCGUUCGAUUCUUGUUGACGAGCGUAUUCCACGUGGAAAAUGGGCUCAGAUUGUCUUGGCUUUUGAUAAAGAGAGACCUGAGCACCUUCACGCAUAUAUAGGUGCUAGAUGUUCAACGCUCAACAAUAGUCAACAAUCAGGAGAUCGCUGUAAGAGUUUCUGCUUGGAAAUUCUUCAGAAAGCAACUUCAUGGACUCAAAUGACUGUGGGUGGCAUCGCUGAUGUGGAUGCGUUGACAUAUGUAAAGGAGACCAACACCCCGGAGCUACGACUACCAGUUCUACCGAAAAGACCAAUGCAUGGAUUUACUGCAGUUCUGGACGAUGUUGUCCUAUCACGUGAAGCUCUUAGUGAAGAAAAGAUUGCCCGGAUGCAGCACAGUGGCCCCAUUCUCUUUCGCUUGAAGCAGCAGUAUAUAGCAGAAAGUCAGUGUGUCAAAGUGCUACGUUUGUUGUGUCAACUUGUUGCUGAAGAAGAGACUUCGCGCGAUGGUUCACCUGCCAAAAUUCCGUCCUCUGAUCGUUGGAUAAUACUCUUUACCCACAUGCUGCUAAGUUCAUGCCGCGAUCAAAAUCUCGCACAAGUAUACCUUUGUCAUCUUCUUGAGGAUGUUCUACCACGAGCUUCUCCUCCUCCAGAGUGUGACAUUCAAAUUCUAGGCCAUAAGUUGUUCGGUCCUCGUCAGAAAACGACUAUGAGUCUCGAAGAUCUUUUUAUCGAGUUAAACGAGAAUACUCACCUUCCUUCUAAUUCAACCAUUCGAAGGCAAAAUGAAGCACUGUAUCGGACGAUGCACCAACGUGGUAUCUUGCAUGGAAAAUAUCGAGGUGGCAGUUCGUCUGAGAAUGUUCAGCAAUAUGACGAAACAAAUACUGAUAAGUUAGCUCUGAACACGAAAGUUUCAAUGCGCUUCGCUGCUGCCGUGCAUCUCUUCCAGAAGCUUUGUAGUUCUCCUUUGUGGGGCAGUCGUAUGGAUUGUUUUAUUGAGAGACCAUGUGCCAUUUUCCAGAGCGGUGGAGGGUUACACGAGAUGCUUGAGUCAGAGGAGAGCAGCAGUAUUCAACUCGCUGAUAUGACGGCUGUAGUAAGCGCUAUCGCUGGAUACUCGGAGCAGGUUGUGAAUAGUCAUCGCGCUUCUGUACAAAAUGCAGCCAUCCCGUCCUCUGCAAUUCAAACGUGCAGUUCUCCUUUCGAUUCCGUCGUUCGCUUCGAUAAAUACAGUGAUGAUCACAUUCGGAAGACUCAAGAUUUAAUCGCUGCUAUGAUGCGCGAAGAAACAGGGAAUGCUCUUCAGCUCUCAGCCCGAAAAGAUAUCUUGGCCAAGUGCCACAACGAUAUUGUUGCUGUAAACGCAAUCGAUCAACGCAUUUGCACUGUAGUCCAUCAACGCGCUCGAGUACUUAGGGUUCUGACGACUGCUCUACUUCGUGAAAAGAUCACAACGACAAGCGGUUUAUGGCACGAUUUCUUACUCAACAACACAACAGUUUGUGAUGAUUUACUACAGCUUGCGUCCUCAAGCUUGAAGGAGCAGGUCGUGACAGUAUUGGGUCCUGAUGCAAAAAUUGCAAUGAAACUUCGUCGAUUGCGUAUCUUCUUUAAAGAAGUGGUACGUGGAGGAAGACACCAUCGAGAUGCUCCGCUGACUAUAUCACUUGCUGAUCUGGAAAAAAUACAAUGGCGACUAUGGGAGGAAUUUGCGACUCGCUCUUCUAUUUCACUGCUUCCAUGGUGGCAGAAUAGUGAAUCCGACAGUAAACUUACGUUGGAGGUCGUUGGAGGUGAUGUCGAACUGAAUGGAUUUAAAGUUACAGCCUUGGAACAUUUUCCCACCGUAAGAUUGGCACAAGCUUCGAUUACUGCGAGCAGUGGCUUAUGGUUCUUUGAAGUUGUAGUACUCACCGAUGGACUCAUGCAAAUUGGUUAUGUGGAUGGAGACUUCACUGCUGAUCCUCUUCAAGGCCAGGGCGUGGGUGAUCAUACGAAUAGUUGGGCGUAUGACGGAUUUCGGUGCAAGAAGUGGAAUGUAAAUUCCUACGACUACGGUGAGCAAUGGAAAACAGAUGACGUGGUGGGAGUGUUGCUGGAUACAGAUCGCAUGGAGCUCAGCUAUUUUCUUAAUGGUAAAUUCCUGGGUGUUGCGUUUUCAGGAAUCCCCAUCACCUCCAGCUCUCGAAUGUGUCCAGCAGCCUCGUUGAAUGUCCAGCAAUCUGCGGAAUUUCACUUUGGUACACUAAAUGUUGCGUCUUCUAGCGAAAGCACGAGUGUCGGUGGCUUCAAGUACUUGCCGGUGCUUGAUAAUGAUGACCAGACUCGUGUACGACCCAUUAUCGCGGCACUUGGUACCGCGAACGUCGAUAACUCUGGAAAGGAAGAAGUCAAAGAAAAUGAUACAUCAGACUGGAGUAACAGUAGUAGUGACACCGAUGAAGGUGAAAUCACACUGGAAGGCUCAGAUAGCUUAUCUAGUUUUAGAAGAACGCUUGACUUGGGGUCACGAGAUGGACGCGAGACACGCACAGCCGACCAAAAUGACGAGGAAAGUGGCCACCGCCGUCGCGAUUUGAUCGAAGGCUUAACGGGUCUUGGUUUCCCUCUCGAAUGGGCAACUCGAUAUGCUACCGAGUCGCGUAUGCCAAUGGAUGAAACAGGUGCGGUUGCUUGGAUAUUGGAGCAAAUGGAAAAGGAAAUUGGACCGGAUGUAGCAUCUAGAUUGCCGGCGACGUCUGGUUUUAACGACGGGAUGAUUCACUUACCAAAUCUUGCUGUUAGCCAUUCUACUGAUGAUUUUGCAACUGAAGCUGGAGAAAUUUUGUCAAGUAGUGCGCUGGACGAUAAAAUCCUUAACAUUCCAGCAUUUCGUUCAUCCCGUUCUUUGCUAGCAGGAAAUCUUGGCAUUACAUCGGCAGGAAUCAACGCUUUCAUUGAGGCAGAUAAAGACGAUCAGCAAAGCGAUGAUAUCACCAGCGAGGCCUUUCAAUCAGAUCUUUACAGACAAAGACAAAUUGGUCUUCAGACGUUGAGUGAUGUAGGCACAAUAUCCGAAGGGAACAAGCGUGGAGUGGAUGAUCUUCUUCCUCUCAGUAUUGUCGUCGAUACAACGGUGUUCGUUGCAUACAGUCGACAAGCCUUCACGUCACUUUUGCUGCUAGCUUUGAAGAAAGAGGGACAAGAAGCGGUUUACCGAAUGGUUCAACCAUUAAUUUCAACCGAGGAGACUUCAGCUCGUCUUCGUCAUUUCUUAAAGAUUGGAAUUGGCCUCGAUACGAUGGAUACAGUCUUUGAACUGGAUUUUAUCUCUGCAAACUUUGAGUCAGAGCAAUCUCUUCGACUACAGAAAGCUGUAGCAGCACUUUUGAGAUACGAAGGGACUUUGUCAGUUGAAAGCCCGACGGGGGAAUGCUCUCCAUUUCUCAGAUUCUUUUACCAGGAAAUGUUGAGCCAGUGUGAUCGUGGACUGAGUUUGACUCGAAAUAAACAAAGCAGUAAGAGUGUGAGUGAUACAAGGAGUAUUCAGGCAGACGCCGCGUGGUUCGCGUGGGUAUCUGGAGCGGUGAUAGGAUUUGUCGAGGCUCCAGCCUGGGCCGUAUCGGAAGUGAAGGAUGAAGCUCAGAACUCGGACUUUGUUGCUCCUCUAUUUUCUAAUAGUGCGUUUGCGGAGAAGUUAGUGUCCAUCGCUUCUAGUUCGUCAACGACAUUGAAGGCGUGGAAAUACGUGGCUUUUCGACUGAUGACGAGAAUUCUGUACGUGAUUCGAGCACGUGACAAUUCGUCGGAGUUUCUUGCUUCUACCCACCUGACAAAUCUGAUGGAAUUGUUCACAUUACGAUGUCGGCGUGAGAUGCACAGCAGGGUGUUUUACUCUGAUGUCACGAACGCAUUGUUUGCUCUCCUGGUGCACUCAGCCGCCAAUGUUACACUUAAUCAAGAUAAAAUCCGUCAGUCUGAGAACCAAAGUUUGAGUCUUCGUGUAAGCAAUUAUUCGUCAACACAUGUGACCAUAUCAUGGGACCAAGCUUCUGUCGCUUCACCGUCAGAUUUUGACAGCUUAACCGACACAUCUACCACAGAGAACAAAGCUGAAAACUACAGUGGGGUUAUCAUUCUUCAUGUUACACGUGCUGAUUCCGAAAAACCAUUUGACAUAUCGAAGGCGCUGCCAUCGAAAGGAUCUUAUACUAUCCGAAAUUUGUUACCAGAUACGCAGUACCGUAUUAGCCUCGAUCCUGCUCAAACCGUGAGUGACGACCCUACCUGCGCCACCGAUGAGUCUAAAGCUGAUGGUAGUAACGAUGUGGGUACAGAAGUUAUGGUGCAAACACCACCCGAGCCUCUGUUUGAGCUUGACCGAGAAACUUUGGGGAAAAACUUGGUGAUAUUUAAUCAGAAUUUGACAGCCAAGAACACAGUCAACAAGAAAUGGCACUCUGUGCGUGCUUCAGUCGCAUUCGAGGAAGGAAUUCAUUCGUGGCAAGUGCGACUGGAUACCUGCGUUUCGAAGAAUAUCUUCAUUGGAGUGUGCACCGCAGACGCUAGUAUGGAAAACUACGUUGGCAGUGACGCCUAUGGCUACGGAUUCCUCGCCAACAAGGCGAUAUGGCACAACAAAGCAAAAUUGCACUCGUACGGUGAGAUUUUCAAGCAAGGCGACAUCAUCCAGGUCACUUUGGACUGUAAUGCCAAAACUCUCGCUUUCAGCCGCAACGGGGAAUAUCUUGGAAUCGCAGCUACGAAUAUGCGUGCAGGAACUAAUCGCUCGGACGGUGAGGGGAACUACAAGUGGUACCCAGCAGUCUCAAUGUACAACAAAGACGACAAGGUGACACUUAUCCCUCCACCCGCUGCAACGCUGUUCUCUAUAAAGGAAGGCCGUCCACAGAAUGCGUCAACACUCGAACUAAUUGAAACGAUGCAGAUGGUAUUGGCGUAUCAAAGUCACGUGACAGGGAUGAAUAUGUCGUCUACAAAUUUUUUUGAGAAUGCUUUCGAGGAAUUUGACAGUUGGAGGCGUGAGGAAAUUUUAUUCCGUGAGACUGCGCUUGGUCAAGUGAUUGCGAUCAGUAAGAGCAAGUCUGCUACGGAGAAAUACGGGUUAGCGUUUGGAGACACGGUGUUUACAUCCAAAGGACAGUGCAGUGUUCUUGGUGAGUAUCGACAUGAAUUGUGGUACGAAAUUGACGAAGGAGGGAGUUCGGUUCUUUACAGAACAUCUUGUACUUCUCAACUCGCUUCUUGGAGUUUGAGUACUUGUCGCGAAAUGUUGGAGUCACCAGACGAGUAUCCUGUUCAUCGUCACCACAAAUAUAAGGUCGAGUUGGAAACCAGCGAAGCAAAUUGUGCUGCUGACCAUCAGGAUUCAUCUGCUGAUACUACCGAACAAGAAGAGUUUUCUCUGAAGUCAUUCGUCGACGCACAAAUGGAAUGGAGUGAAAGUGGUGUUGCUGCGGAAGCUGACUCAAAGUUACUUGCUGAGCUUGACGCAAUCGCAUCCUCACAGGGUUCCAGUAGCGCAUUAUCACUUACAAUUGAGGACAUUUCAACGGCCUUAAUCUUGGAGAAAUUAUGUAGAGGUCACGGUAUUGGAGCUGAGGACAGGUCUAAGCAAACAAUCGCUCGUAUUGGUUUGCUAUUGUAUACCAACCGAUGCCUCUAUAAAGUUGCGCGUCUCGCAAUACCAAGAAACAUUUUUGCAACAACACUGGGAAUUUUGGAAAUUUCUGAACGAUUCACUAAGUCUAAGAACUCGAGAAAAGAAGAACCGACAGUGUGCACGGAGUAUCUACAGGUCUCACCCAUCGCUGCGCUGCUAAACUCGCCACAGUGGACACUUGAUGAUCCGUCAGCUUUCGCGCAAAUUUCUAUUCUAGCAGCUCGUCUCCUGUUCUCGUCACAAAAAGAAAAACUUACUGAAGAAGAACUCGACAGAACCAAGACGACAAGUCGAACGCUCGAUAGUUUACAGGAGUCCAAUGAUAACGAAAAUGUGGACAUGGAUCUCCCCGUGAUCAAGAUAAAUUACCCUGUAUCUGGAGAAGUUCCAUUUUGGGAGUGCAGCCCUGCAAUACUGAAGAAAAAGAAGCGCUUCUGUCUUCCUACGUCCACUGAAUCGUCAGUUUUUGCGCAAUUGAUCAAGCAAUUGUCCGCACAAGAAUCUCGGCAAUGGAGACGCUCAUCUUCGCAGCCAUUUGAAGCGAUUCCGAUAUCACAAACGUUCCAAGUUCAAAUCGAGAAACAAUCAACUGAAUCUGGAGAAGUUGGCAAACAUGAACUUCAUCAACAGCAAGAUGAGGACGAGGACGAGCAGCUUCAACAGCCAUCAUCCAAGCAGACUGCAAUGUACUUAAAUCUCUUUGAAAAUGCGGUUCGAGAGAUCCAGUCGCCUUCGUUCCCUCUGUUUACACCCGUUCAAGGCCAAAAAUUAGGCGAAACUCGUCAGUCGCUUCAACUUGAUGUCAACCUCUACUUGUUUUCCUCAUCUGCACUGGCACAUUCUCGACUGCAAAGCUCUCAAUUGUUACUUUGGUACUUCUGCAUUGGACAAAUUCUCGGGAUUGCGUGGCGAAGUAAGCUACUUCUACCGUUGCAAUUUCUCUCAAAGUCGUUCUGGGAAGAGCUUGUGUCUCCUGCUGGCCGACAUAAAGACGAAGGAAGUCGGUCGAUCGUUCGAGAAGCAGCUGUCCGUGCCAUCCGCGAUGGUCUUUUCUCCAUUAUCCCGAGUCGAUGUGUAGCGCUCUUGAGUGGAACAAAUCCAAGUCUUCGUGAACAUCUCUCAGACUUGGAUAUCAACUAUGUCGUAAGACUGGAACGUCACGCAAUUUACUUAGUCUCUCGCCAAAACCAUCACGACUUGUUCUGGAAAGUUGUAAACGCCUUCACGUCAGUUGAGCGUCGAAUGUUGGAGCAAUUCAUAAACUCGGAACGACGACAUAGCUUUAAACAAGUUGAAGUGACACAAGACACCGACAAUUCCUCAAACUUCGUUCUCGAACUUGCAGACGCGCUGGCGGACGGUCGAGAUCAUCCAGACUCGUGCUACCCCGUUGUCGUAUCUACUGGUCUACACUCGAGUCGUCUGCAUCUACCAGCGUACACCUCCGCACACACGCUGCGUCAGAAACUGCUGCUCGCUAUGACCAACAUCCCUUUCGUGUAA